AUGCCUGGAAGAUCUGUUGUUAAAAGGAAGAGAGAUGUAUCAGAGAGGAUGGGGAAGCACAAGAUAUCAAAGAAGGGUGAAGGAGGUGCACAAAGAGUGAAUGGAGUUAUAGGUGGUGAAGGUGGUGGACUACAUAGAGGUGUAGGUGGUGGAGUGAAUGAUGUUCCAAUGUCAUGUGGUUCAGUUAAUGGUCGUAAAAAAAAGGUUAAUUCAAGGGGCGUGGGUGGUGUUGUUAGAACAAGAAAGCCUUCUGAGAGAAUUUUGAAGACCAAACUUGUAAAAACAAUGUAUGGAAAGAAUGGUGAAGGCAACUCAACAACAAAUCCAAUGGAUAUAGAUUAG